CCAAAACGCGUCUUAUUAUUCUUCUUCAAAAAGAAAAAAGAAAAUCCCUAUUCCAACAUCUAUAUAUACAUUCAUAGCCAACUAGUUUAUAUGUAUUUUUUCAAGAAGAAAAUCAUCUCUUUAUUGAUAUUUAGCGUCUUUUUUGUCAUCCUUUCUCGAGAUGAGUAGCUACAAUAACAACCAGUCUCAAGGAACUUAUCCUCCACAAGGGACUGCUUGUCCAUAUCCAAAGCAAGCACAGGGUGCUUACGUGGCUCCUCCGCCGCCGGCUGGUUAUCAGACGAGAGAGUACGGUCAUGGAGAUUCCUCCGUUCCGGCCAAAACUCAGACCAGGGGUGAUGGCUUCUGGAAAGGCUGUUUUGCUGCCUUGUGUUGCUGCCUUGUGUUGGACGCUUGCUUCUAAGGACUGAUGAAGUUUUACUUAGCUUGGAUUUCUUCUUUUCUUUCUUGUUCUUUUUCACUUACAUUUUCGGUUUGUUUUUAUAAAGAACGUUACUUUUCAUUUACUUUCCACAAAAAAAAAAAAAAAAGAAUUGGUUACGUUAUGUUGAUCUUUUGAUGUUGCUAAUAAACCACCCAUUCUUCUUUAUAUCCUGCUGAUCUUUCAAAUUUUG